AGCGAUAGUUAUCGAAAGUGAAAAAAUUUCGAUCAAAAUGGCGGAAGAGGAAGUCAGGAUGUUUGUUGUGUUCUUGUGUUUUGGCUUCCUGGCGACUAUUUCAUCGUCCCCCAUCUUAAUUUCCAAUGUCAAACCGGUGUCGCCUGUUGUUGUAGAAGAGCAGCUGCUGUGGUUGAGUGGAGGGGGUGAGGGGGAGGUGGAUAUCUACCGGACCCCCCUGCUGGUCUCCACCCCCCAGGGGAGCCUGCUAGCCCUGUGCGGUGCCCGGAAGUACAGCUCUGGGGAUGCUGGGCCCAAGUUUUUAGCCAUCAGGAGGUCUACUGAUAAAGGUCAGACCUGGUCUCCUACAGACUUUGUGGCGGAUGACAGAUCUCCGGACGGCAUCAACGCUGGGUCCAUCUUUGUGGAUGAGACAACAUCCACCAUAUUUGUUAUGUAUAUUCAAUGUGCUCACCACUACAAGUGCAAUGUGUCCACUCUGUUCCUGAUCAACAGUACUGAUGACGGACUGACCUGGAGUCACCCUCGCAACAUCUCCGAACAGAUCGGAACCAUGACCUUUGACCCCGGUCCUGGGUACGGCGUCCAGAAAAAGCUUGACCCCUACAAGGGUCGGCUGAUAGUUUGUGGCCAUGGAGACCUGCUGCACGGCGGUGUGUACUGUCUCCUUAGCGACGACCAUGGCAACAGGUGGCGCUACGGAGGUACAAGGAAGGCCAUCCCCUACGACCAGAAGAAGAAGGCAGGAGACUUUGCCCCUGAUGAAAAUCAGCCGCUGGAGCUCCCGGACGGUUCGAUUUUGUUGAACGCGAGGAAUGAGUACACCUACCACUGUCACUGCCGCGUCAUCAUGCGCAGCUUUGACGGCGCCGAGUCUUUCCCUCUGGAUUACCUGCGCUUUGAUGAGAAGCUGAUCGAGCCCAGAGCAAUGGCCAGUCAGUGGUACAGUAACGGUGUGCUGUUCUUCUCCAACCCAGCACACAAGACAAAGAGAAUAAACCUGACCCUGAGGUGGAGCUACGAUAACGGCACCACCUGGGCGUCCAGUCUGACUAUCUGGCCGCAGGCUAGCGGCUACUCCGCCAUGACCAUGCUGAGCGAGGACAGCGGACACCUGUACAUCCUGUACGAGAAGGGCGUGAAGAGUUCCGUAGAGUCGCUGUCGCUGGCAAAGGUGGCGUUGUACGGAGGGUUGUGAUCCGAGGAGCGUCACUGUCACACCUCUCCCCCUCCCCACGGCUUUAAAGUAUCAUCCUCUUGCUUUGUGGAUGCUAAAUUCUUUUAUCAGUAAUACUAAUACUGUUGUGUGAGCUCAGGUUUGUGUAUGAUGUUUGUGUAUCAGAUCUUCUUGUAACAACCCUGUCAAGCCUCACACAUGCAGGUAUAGAUCUAAGGGCAGUCACUUUAUAUAUGAAAACUUACUGUUUUCUUUGCAAGACAACUUUUUUUAUCUCUCAUCAGUAAUAUUGUGUGUUGUCAGAGCUGAAGGUCUAACUCUCAUCUACACAAUGCAGAUGUCAUUUCUUGCCCUUUUUUGUAUUACAAUUACUGCAGUGGGAACAAAAGACACAUAUUUCAGUUAAAUUUCACUGUGGCAAUACUAAAUGUAGAUUUUUUAUGGGUGUGUAACGUUUGUUUAAUGCAAAGCGAUUUAACCACCUUUAGAAAUUUGACAAGUGGUGGGAAUUUUUAUGCUAAAAUACAGCAAUUAUCUCUGGUUUUGAAGGCUUGAAGAGUGUAUGCAGGUGAAAAACAGUUGUCAUCAAGAGAGUUCCUUAGCUUGGCAGUGUGUGAAGCUGCUGCUGUAGUCUGUAUAAAGGACUUGGAGACUAUUAAUUGAAAAGUAUAACAAUACAAGAUAGAGGAGAUCCUAGUGUUACACUGAAAGGCUCUCAAGAUUGUAUGGUAUUGUACUGGUACAGCCAAAGUGCAAUUAAGCCACUUUGGCUACUUUUUUUUAAAUAUUAGAAGAGAACAAAUAAUGUCUAUUGCCUCUAGAUCUACUGUUGUAAUAUAUCUUUAACUUUCCAAUUACAAAACUGGCUAGAAAAUGAUUUGAUAGUCCACAAAGUGGAUACUUAUUCUUGACAUUUCAUCAAAUAGAUUGUUUCACAUCAAAUACUAUGAAAUAAGAUUAUAUCAUAAUUAUGUAUUGUCGACAAUCAUCAGAUAUAACAUGGAAUGUAAUCCAUUCUAAUAAUGAUGGAUGAAUGACACCAUAGAAAAGUAUUCACUGCAAUUUUAUUGCAACUGAUUCCCUGACGAUAAAACACAUUUUAUUC